AUGGGAUUUGUCAAGGUUGCAGGAGCUGGACUGUGCGCCGUGCUCGCUUUAUUUGCAUGCACCGUUCAGUGCACGACUACAAGGUAUUUCACCUAUGAAGAGGACGCACCUGGAACAGAGAUAGGCAAUUUGUCUCAGGAUUUAAAGAUUGACCCAGCUGAUGACCCUGACACAUCAUUCCGCUUCAUGCAGGAAAACAACUCCUCUGUCAUUGAAAUGAGGGAGACGGACGGACUUCUGAGUGUUGCAGAACUAAUUGAUCGAGAGCAACUCUGCCCCAGGUCUCCCCGCUGCUUCAUCACCUUCGACACCGUGGCCUUCUCCAGGGAAAAGUUUCACCUCAUCCACGUGGAGAUCGAAGUGAAAGACAUCAACGACCACGCGCCGCGCUUUCUGAGAAACGAGACCAAUCUGGAGAUUUUCGAAAACGUCCCACUGGAUUCAAGGUUCCCGCUUCCCAUCGCGCUGGACCAGGAUGUGGGUGAAAACUACAUCCAGAGCUACAACAUUUCUCCCUCCACUCACUUCGCCAUUGAAGUGCGCGACCGGGAGGACGGCGUGAAGUUUGCAGAACUUGUGCUGGUGCGCGAGCUGGACCGGGAGGUGGAGGACUUCUACACGGUGCAGGUGAGCGCGCACGACGGAGGGCUCCCCGCAAAGUCCGGGUCGGUGACUGUGAACAUCCGAGUGCUGGACUUCAACGACAACAGCCCGGCGUUUGAGCACAGCUCCCUGAAGGUGGAGCUGAACGAAGACGCGCCCGUGGGUCACCGGGUCCUCAAAGUGCACGCGUUUGACCCCGACGACGGCAUCAAUGGCGAGGUCAAUUACGCCUUCUCCGAGGGCGUGUCGCCGGAGGCGGCGCGACUUUUCCACAUCGACCCGUACUCCGGAGACGUGACCCUGAGGGGGCUUGUUGAUUUCGAGAAGAGGAGGUCGUACGAGCUGGACAUCAAAGCGUCCGACCUGGGCGCGAGCUCCGUGCCGUCCACCUGCAAAGUCGUGAUAGAUGUUGUGGACGUGAACGACAAUGCGCCUGAAAUCAGCAUCAAACCGAUGACCUCGAGCAGUGAUGGAGUGGCCUACAUCACAGAGGCGGCGGCUGCUGAGAGCUUCGUGGCUCUGAUCAGCACCACGGACAGAGACUCCGGGUCCAACGGCUACGUGCGCCUCAGCCUCCUCGGGCACGAGCACUUCAGGCUGCAGCAGGCGUACGGAGACACUUUCAUGAUCGUUACCACCACCACUCUGGACAGAGAAAAGAUCCCUGAGUAUAAUCUGACUGUGGUUGCAGAGGACCUUGGCAGCCCGCCUUUUAAAACUGUCAGGCAGUACACUAUCCGCGUAACGGAUGAAAAUGACAACCCGCCUCUCUUCAGUAAGUCGCUUUAUGAAGUUUCAGUCCUGGAAAAUAACAUCCCAGGUUCAUAUGUGACCACCGUUGUUGCUCGAGAUCCUGAUGUGGGAAAAAAUGCCAAAGUCUCUUACAAACUGGUGGACUCGGAGGGGCCUGGAGGCUCUCCUCUGUCUUCUUAUGUUUCAGUAGAUUCACUCUCGGGGUCCUUGUAUACUUUAAGAUCUUUUGAUUAUGAGACGCUUCAACAGAUUGAGCUGGUCAUCCAAGCAGAAGACAAAGGCUCCCCCCCUCUGUCAAGCACAUCAACAAUCAAGAUACGAGUCGUAGAUCAGAAUGACAACUAUCCAUACUUCACCUUUCCCGUCCUCCUGAAUGACUCCGCUGAUAUUCCUUUGCCCUUUAACGCGCCUUCGGGCUACCUUGCUCUCCGUGUAUCAGCCGAAGAUCAGGAUGAGGGAGUGAAUGGCGAGCUCUCCUACCAAAUUAUACAAGGUGACCCAACGGUUUUCACAAUGAACAAAGACACUGGAGAAAUAGCUCUGAAGCAAUGGCUGACAGCUGAAAUUGGGGACGUGCUGGAAAUGAAAAUCGCUGUGAGUGACAAUGGCAGAUCCCCGCUCUCAAGCAGCGCCACGAUUAGGUUUGUUGUAUCAGACGCUGAGCCCUCCGAAGACCAAGUUGUCAUUGUGCUGCGGUCAAGUGACGAAAAAGGCUCCGGUUUGGAUGGCUCGCUAAUUAUCAUUAUUAUGCUCAGCGGGGGAUGUGCAUUGUUGCUGAUUGCGAUAGUGGGUGUUGUUGUCACAUGCAAACUCAGCCGUGGGGGAAGAGGUCGCAGCGCCAAGAGAGAAGUGUGCCACGGCCUGUUUGACGGCAUGCCCAUGCCCAUGCUCGGGUCAACAGAACCAAAUAUUUACACAGGUCAACGAGGCUUCUUCCACGAGAGGCCUUCCAUGACUCUCGAUGACUCCUGUGUGUUCGAGGAGAGGAGCAGAGAUUCUGAGACAAGAAUGUUCCUGCCCCCCAAGCACUUCCAACCAACAUCCAUGUGGCAAGGUGACAAAUACUGCUUGCAAGUGAGUGGCAUCAGCACCACUGACCAGCUGAGCGUGAAGGACAGCGGCAAAGGGGACAGCGACUUCAACGACAGCGACUCUGACAUUAGCGGGGAUGGAGGCAAGAAAAACUUCAGCACCUUCCAGCCGAGGCCUAAAAGUGCCGCUAACAACCUGUCUGGGGAUUGCCAAGGCACCUACUGUGCAAUACUACCACACAGCCUCAGAGCCUCUGCAGACAAUGGCUACAGAGCAGACUUCUCUCCAGUGCCUGUUUUCAAAAAUCCUCACGGUGGUCUCCAGUCUUGGAAUGAAUCUAGUUACGGUACAAAUCGUCCAAAAUCACGCAACAGUAACCACAGCUUUUCCAGGACAAGAACUCUGCCUGCUUACUUCCCUCAGCAGCAGCAUGAUGCUGGCAUUGGAGGUGCUGCAGCUCACAAACACAGUCCAAAUAUUAUCACUGUGGCCACAGCCUUAGAGGUUGCAACCAUGUUUUAA